AUGCUGCAUAGAUCUUUGGAUUUAUAUCCUCUCCUCAUUGUAGACAAUAAACCAGCUACUGUGUGGCUCGUCGGAGAAGUCGACUCAUCUUGGUUCAAACUUCGCGGUGAACCCUUGGCCGUUGUGAGCAUCAAGAUCGGUUCAAACACUUCAGAUGUUUUGAAAGUGUCACGCUUCCAGAGCACCGGGAGUGGAGAGUAUGCUUCUGUGGAAGCCUUCCAAGACGUAUUUGAUGCCGACACCAAGUUCGGCCCCAGGAACACUAUGAGACAGAUGCAUGCCACGGACAUCCACAAAAAUGAUCUCGUCCUGGUCAAAUGUAACGUCACUCGUUGGAGGGUCGAUGCUAAAGGUAAGGCUUCAUACGAGAAGGGCUGGACCAAGUGGCGGACAGGUUUCGAACUCGUCACUAUAGCACGUCUGUAUGAUGGGCCCCAGGAGAUUAGAGCUGUUGUCCCGCGUGCGGAAGUUUCAUCAUUCAUCUAA